UGUUUCAUAACUUCUCUUUCUCCGGGAUAGCACAGUAUGAGAUGGCCAGCACUAGUCAAGGUUUCAAGUGACUCUACCAGUGCCAUUUGUUUUUGUUGCUUUUCAAAAUACUUCUUUUUCUUCUGCCCUUGAGGAGAUUAUAACAUCCUGCAGUUCAGUCUCUGAGAGUUUACUGAUUUAUCUUCCUGCUCAAACAAAAUAAGAAGUGAUUUCUGCAUCUCUGAAAAAGACCUCAAAAUCUGGACUGCUGUGGAAGAAAUUUCCAAUGAGGUGAUAUCUGUGGGGAUUUCCAUAGGAAGAUGUCAUCUAUAACUUCAGAGAUGAAGAGGGAAUUCAAGAAAAUCCUUCUGCUGAAAGGAUUAGAGCCCAUCAGUGAAUAUCAUUUUAGCAUCGUUAAGUCUUUAUUCGCCAAAGAUUUAAAACUGACUGAAAAAGCUCAAAAUGAAUAUAAUAGAAUUCAGAUUGCUGAUUUGAUGGAAGAAAGCUUUCCAGAGGGUGCCUGUGUUGACGCACUAAUAGAUUUGUACAAAGACAUAGCAGAACUUAAAGACCUUGCAAAGACUCUUAAACAUGAAAAGUUAAAAGUUAUGAGGCGAUGGAAAGAAAAAGGGACAAAACCAGUGGAACAAAGAAACCAGGAUAAACACAGUACAGAGGAAUCUACUUCCACCAUGAAUAAACCUGAAACAAUCAAGACGCCUGUGUUGAAGAAAAAGGAAAACAAAACCACAAAAACUGAAGAAUCUAAGAUGCAGCUAACCCAGGAACAGAGUCAGCUUCCAGAAACUUCAGUAACCAGCACGCUGUCAACUGAGAGCCUUCCCCAGACUCCUCAGAUGCCUCCACCAACCCCACCCAGCAUUUGCUCAACCAAGAAAAGGAAUAACCUAACCACCAAAACUAACAACUCAAAAAAGAAGAUGCUGUUCCCAGAACAGAGUCAGCUUCCAGAUACGUCAGCAACAAUCUCAUGUUCGAGUGAGAGUGGUCCCCAGACUCCACAGAUGCCUCCGCCAGCCCCAUCCAGCAGUUCCUCAACCAAGAAAAGGAAAGACACCACCACUAAAACUGAUGACUCCAAGAGAAUGAAACUACUCCAGGAGCAGAGUCACCUUCCAGAACCUUCAACAACCAACACGUGCCCAACUGAGGGCUGUGUCCAGAUUCCUCAGGUGCCACCACCAACCCCAUCCAGCAGUUCCUUAAUCAAGAAGAAACCAAGAUUGAAGGCUGUACCUAAAGAAGCUUCCAAAGAAGAGGGUCUACAGACGGACCCCAAAGAAGUGAUGGUACUGAAGGCAACAGAACCAUUUGCAUAUGCCUUUCUUGAAGGGGAGAAAAAGAUGUUCCAUGCCACAGUGGCUACUGAGAGCCAGUUCUUCCGAGUGAAGGUUUUUGAUGUCAGUCUGAAGCAGAAGUUCAUCCCAAAGAAAAUCAUUGCCAUAUCAGAUUAUAUUGGCCGCAAUGGGUUCCUGGAGGUGUACAGUGCCUCAUCUGUGUCUGAUGUUAAUGCUGACCGAAAGAUGGAGGUCUCAAAAAGACUGAUUGCAAAUGCAAAUGCAACUCCUAAAAUCAAUCAUCUGUGCUCACAAGCUCCAGGAACAUUUGUGAAUGGGGUGUAUGAGGUGCAUAAGAAAAUAGUGUGGAAUGAUUUCAUAUAUUAUGAAAUACAAGAUGAUACAGGGAAGAUGGAAGUCAUGGUGUAUGGACGACUGACCAAAAUCAACUGCGAGGAAAGAGAUAAACUUCAACUCAUCUGCUUUGAAUUGGCAUCAGGUCAGACUAGGAGCCAGCUGAGAUCUGUAAUUCACAGUUUCAUCAAGGUCAUCAAGGCCAGGUUAUCCAUAACUUCAGAGAUGGAGAGUGAAUACAAAAGAAUUGUUCUGCUGAAAGGAUUAGAGCCCAUCAGUGAAUAUCAUUUUAGCAUUGUUAAGUCUUUAUUGGCCCAUGAUUUAAAACUAAGUAGAAAAGCUCAAAAUGAAUAUAAUAGAAUUCAGAUUGCUGAUUUGAUGGAAGUAAAGUUCCGAGGAGCCGCCUGUGUUGAUGCUCUAAUAAAACUUUACAAAGACAUAGCAGAACUUAAGGAACUUGCUAAAACUCUUAAAAAUGAAAAGUUAAAAGUUGCAAAGGGAUGCAAAACAAAAGGAAUAACUAUAGUGAAAAAAAUCAAGCAGGAUAAAUCCAGUACUGAGAAGUCUACAUCCACCCCAAAUAAAACUUUGGAACCUGAAUCAAUCAACGAUACACCUGUGUUGAAGAAAAAGAAAAACAAAAGCAUAAAAACUGAAGAAUCUAAGAUGCAGCUAACCCAGGAACAGAGUCAGCUUCCAGAACCUUCAAGAACAAGCACACUGUCAACUGAGAGCCAUCCCCAGACUUCUCAGAUGCCUCCACCAACCCCACCCAGCAUUUCCUCAACCAAGAAAAGGAAUGCUGUAACCACAAAAACUACUAACUUGAAAAAGGAAAUGCUAUACCCAGAACAGACUCAGCUUCUAGAAACUUCAGCAACAAGUUCAUGCCCAACUGACAGCUGUCCCCGAGGUCCUCAGAUGCCUCCACCAGCCCCAUCGAUCAGUUCCAAAACCAAGCUUGGAAUCAUUUGUCCUGGUUCACCACUGCUGCAAGUGUCUUCAAUCUGCAGCUGCAAACCUGAAUCCUUUCCUCAGAAAAGGAAAGACAUAACCAUUAAAACUGAGGAGUCCAAGAGGAUGAAACUCUUCCAACAGCUGAGUCACCUUCCAGAACCUUCAACAACCAGCACAUGCCCAACUGAGGGCUGUCCUCAUGUUCCUCAGAUGCCGCCACCAACCCCAUCCAGCAGUUCCUUAACCAAGAAACCAAGACUGAAGUCUGUACCUAAAGAAGCUUCCAAAGAACAGGGUCUACAGACGGGCCCCAAAGAAGUGACGGUACUGAAAGUAACAGAGCCAUUUGCAUAUGCCUUUAGUGAAGGUGAGAAAAAGAUGUUUCAUGCCACAGUGGCUACUGAGAGCCAGUUCUUCCAAGUGAAGGUUUUUGAUGUCAGCCUGAAGCAGAAGUUCAUCCCAAAGAAAGUCAUUGCCAUAUCAGAUUAUGUUGGCCGCAAUGGGUUCCUGGAGGUGUACAAUGCCUCAUCUGUGUCUGAUGUUAAUGCUGACCGAAAGAUGGAGGUCUCAAAAAGUCUGAUUGCAAAUGCAAAUGCAACUCCUAAAAUCAGUCAUCUGUGCUCACAAGUUGCUCCAGGAACAUUUGUGAAUGGGGUAUAUCAGGUGCAUAAGAAAGAAGUGCGGAAUGAAGUCAUAUCUUAUGGAAUACAAGAUAGUACAGGGCAGAUGGAAGUUAUAGUGUAUGGACGACUGACCAAAAUCAACUGCGAGGAAGGAGAUAAACUUCAACUCAUCUGCUUUGAAUUGGCAUUAGGUCAGGAAAAGCAGCUGAGAUCCGUAAUUCACAGUUUCAUCAAGGUCAUCAAGGCCAGGAAAAGCAGGAAACAACCACUCAAUCCUGAUUCAUCUAUGCAAACCUCACUAGAGUUCUCCUGAAACCUGGAUGCCAUUAAAAAUGAUGUUCAUGUAGAUAAGAUCUAAGUACAGAAAAAAUAUAUAUAUAUAUAGUUGAAAUACAGCAACAUACAUACCAGCUAUAAAUUCUUGGAAAUGGGGUAUUACAAGUGCUUUUCUCUUUCAUUUUUAUAUGUCUCUGUACCAUCUCAAUGUCAUAUUUUACAUCUGUAACAUUUAUAAUUUGGAAAUAACUAUAAACAUCAUGUUUUUCUCUAAAGGAGUGAUUCCCCAGGAGUCUAAUUCAUUGGUGAAUUGUUUAAAAGAAAAUAAUCUGUAGCCUAUAAAUCAGGGUGGGGCACGCAGGCCCCAAGGAAUGUUUGGAUUUAUACUUUGGGGAGGAUCCUUAUAUGAUGAGUCUCUGGUCAAGAAUGGACAGGUUGAAACAAGCUAUGUUCUGUUCAAAAGGAACCCAGUGAGGUGGCAGACAGUGGCUGAAAUGGUUUGGGCUUCAAUUGCCAAACCCUGUGUCCUACGGAGAGGUUGCUUUGGUCCAGAAGGAUGAAUAUCUUUUCAGAAUUGGUCUCUUAGAUGGGGUAUAAUUAGGUAAUUUGUCUGCCAAAUGAGGCAGCUUCUGGUGAUUUGCACGAAGACAUUAGUAAAUUUGGAAGCAAUUCUAGCCCUGUCUGAUGUGAAAUAACAGGUUCCACUCACUCAAGUACCAAGAGCUCAGUAGCUCUCCAAUCACAUUUCCUGGUUCUCACAUUUCUCAUAUGUGGAUUCCAUCAGGAAGUUGCCCCAGGCAAAGACCUGCAUUAGGCAAACACUGAAGAACAAUUAAUUCACUUUAGCGUACAAUGGCAGAAAGUAGAUAUCUAUAACUGAAAUUUACCGUAUAUUUAAUAACCACAUAUUUGAUACCCAGUGUUUUGCAAUUAUUUUGUGUCAUUUAAUCUUCACACUAACUUUUGAGGGUUGAUAAUGUUCUCCUUUUUAUUCUUCUAAUGAGAAAAACUGGAAUACAGAGGAAAAAUCACUUUCCUGAUAAUUUAGAACAGUUCCAUCAUAACAAGAAUUUCCUUCAUGAUACUUGUCCACUCUUCCCCCAGUUCCAAGCUCCUGGCAACCACUGAUAAAGCUUCUUAACCCAUACUUUUUCCUUUUUCAUAAAAUAAAAUUAAAAGUGUAUAUAGAAUUUUAACUCUGGCUGAUUUCAGUGUAGUGCAUUUAAGAUUCAUCUAUGCAAUUGCGUAUACCAGUUUAUUCCUUUUUAUUGCUGUGUAAAAUUCAAUUGUGUGGACCCAACAAAGUUUGUUUACCCAUUCGCCAGGAGAGGAACAAUGGGGUUCUUUACAGUUUUGCAGAAUUACAUUAAAACUGCUAUAAAAAUUCGCAUGCAGAUUUUUGUGUGAUCACGUUAUCGUCUCAGUGGAUAAAAAAUUUGGAGGGAGAUUGAUGGUUCGUAUGAUAGGUAUAUGUUUAAACAUAUAAGACAUUGCCAAAUUGUUUUCUAAAGAGACUAACGUUUUUCAUUCCCACCAGCAAUGUGUGAGAGUUUCAGUUCCUCUGCAUCCUCCUCAGAGUUUACCAUUGUAGGUGUGUGUUAACCUGAAAAAAAAAAAAAGAAAAACUGCCAAACUCUUUU